UGGAUCGAUUUGAAAUCAAUCAUGUUUUCAACGCAAUCAUCAUUAUUCAAUGAUAUACGUUAUCAUCAAUAUUAUCUACAAUUUCCAAAUGGUCAUUAUAACCAUACGAUUAAUGAUUUUCGAAAAUUUCCCGGUAUAACAAAUAUUUUUGAAUUUGAAAAAUGGUUUGCCAGAAAUUUUCCCCGAAUUAUGUCAUUAUCAAAUGAAUAUUGGCAUUAUUCCAUUUAUAUUUCUGUUAUUUAUUUGAUUAUUAUACAAAUAUUAAUACGUUUGAUGAAAUCAACAACAACAAAUUAUGGUUUUCAAUUAAAACAUCAAUUAAUCAUAUGGAAUUUAAUAAUGACAAUAUUUUCAUUGAUUGCAAGCAUUCGUUGUUUACCUGAAUUUAUUUUUGUUUUAAAAAAUUAUGGUUUCAUUUAUUCAUAUACACAAAAUACCUAUGGAAAGGAUAUUCGUCUUUGUAUUUGGUAUUUAUUUUUUACCUUAUCCAAAGUACCUGAAUUAAUUGAUACCAUAUUUAUUGUAUUACGUAAACGUCCAUUAAGAAAAUUACAUUGGAUACAUCAUACAUUAACAUUAAUUUAUUCAUGGUUUGUUUUUGGUGAUGUACCAUCAACAGCACGGUGGAUGGUUAAUAUGAAU